AUGUCAUCCCCCACCAAGCCCGAGAAACACAUCACCAACAACGACCUCAUGCGCAACUUCAUAAUCGGCUUCAGCGACGGCCUAACCGUGCCCUUCGCCCUAACCUCCGGCCUAUCUUCCCUCGGCUCCUCACGCCUCGUCGUCCUCGCCGGCCUCGCAGAACUCUUCUCCGGCGCCAUCAGCAUGGGUCUAUCUUCCUUCCUCGCCGCCAGCACAGACGCAGCACAAUACGCCGUAGAAAUGGCGCGCGAGGAAAAGGAGAUUGUAGAAUGUCCGGCAGAAGAAGAACAGGAGAUUUAUGAUAUCUUUGCCGAGUAUGGGGUGCACAAGGAACAUGCAGUCAUGGUUGUUGAGAGGCUAAAGGGGGAUCCUGAGAUGUGGGUCAAGUUUAUGAUGGACUUUGAACUCAAACUUACAAAGCCCAAUCGUGCUGGAGCUUGGAUUGAAGGAUUGGUGAUGGGAUUGUCAUAUCUACUAGGUGGCAUCUUACCAAUGAUCCCCUACUUCGCCUUCAAGAACACGAACCAUGCACUCUUCACCUCCAUCGGCAUCACUGUUGUUAUCUUGAUCAUAUUCGGCUACAGCAAAUCUGCAAUUGUGGGAAACCCCAAGAAAGAUUCUUUUCUCAGUGCUUGUUACACCUUGAUUGUAGGGGUUACUGCAGCAGGGACCAGUUAUGGGAUUGUGAGGGGGUUGGAUUCUGCUAAUCCUGUUAGGGCGUAG